UGCGUGGGGAGGCGAGUGCGGGGCCAUGCGAGCCCCGGCGCCCCAUGGGGCGCGGCGCCCUCUUCACAAAGCCCAGGGCUGGUGGAGGUCCUGUGGCGGGGACUUCAAUCGCUCGUGGGCGCCCCGCUCGGGGCAGGCCGCUCUCCAGGAAUGGCCUGGCCUCCCAGGGCGGGCACGGAGCAGUGACCUCGGGGCCUACGCACAGAGCUCUGCUUUCCAGAGAUACCAACUUCCUCCAGGAGAGUAACCGCAAACAGGAAGCUACCCCUACGGGGACUAAACUUAAAGCCCAGUCUCAGGGCUUGGUCACAUUUGGGGACGUGGCUGUUGUUUUCUCCCAGGAGGAGUGGGAAUGGCUCAGCUCCGAGCAGAGGAGUCUAUAUUGGAAGGUGAUGCUGGACAACUACAGGAACCUGGUGUCAGUGGGGCUUUGUGCUUCGAAGCCAGAUAUGAUCACCUUGUUGGAGCAAGGGAAAGAUCCCUGGAUGAUGAAAAGAAAGACGACAAGAGGCCAUUGCCCAGACUUAAUGGCUUUGCAGGAGACAAAGGAGUUCCCUCCAGAGGUCUUAAGUGAAGAAAAGUUAUCCCAGGCAGUGCGGAGAAACCAGCCCCUGCCCCGCAGACCCAAGUGCUCUGUGUUAGGAGAAAACUGGGGUGAAGAUACUGUGUUCCAGACACCAAGGGGCUUGAAGACCAUCACAGAUAUGGCUAGAGACGGCUCUCCACAGCUUGCAUCAGCUUUGAAGAGUUUCUGCAAGAAUAUGACAUGGGAUAACUGUGAUGACCUGAGGUCCUUAGGUUGUGACCUAACAGCAAGGUUCUGGCUGGCGGCUCACAUCUUUCUCCUUUGGUGGCUACAUGGUAUCUCCCCAACUCCGCCUAACUCCGCCUCUAUCUCUGCUUGGAAUUCCUGCCCUGCUGCGCUCUGCCCUGCUGGCCAGCAGUUUGUAUGUGAGGCCCAGGAUCUGUUUCCAAAGCAAGACUCGGAUGCUGAAGGAUUAACAGACAGACCUUCUAGCACUAAACUUGAGUGUUCCACCUUCAGAGAAGAUUGGGAUUCUGAGUGUGUGUUUGAAAUGAAUGGUCAAGACAUACCAUUUGAGCAAGAGACAGUUACUCGGAACGAAGCCUUCUCAAAAGGGAGAGAUCAUGCGUAUAUCAAAUCUGGAAGAUGGUUUCAUUUGAACAUUUCAGAAGAGAAAAGUCAUAAUUGUGAUUCAGGUAAAAGUUUUCCCCAAAAUUCAGUGGUCGUAAAGGAACCAGGAAUCUAUGCAGGAAAAAAGCUUUUCAAAUGUAAUGAGUGUAAGAAAACUUUCACCCAGAGCUCAUCCCUUACAGUGCACCAGAGAAUUCACACUGGAGAGAAACCCUACAAAUGCAAAGAGUGUGGGAAGGCCUUCAGCGAUGGCUCCUCUUUCACACGGCACCAGAGGUGCCACACAGGCAAGAAGCCGUACGAGUGCGUCGAGUGUGGAAAAGCUUUUAUACAGAACACCUCCCUUGUUCGUCACUGGAGAUACUAUCACACCGGGGAGAAACCCUUUGAUUGCAUCGACUGUGGUAAAGCCUUCAGUGACCACAUAGGGCUUAAUCAACAUAGGAGAAUUCACACUGGAGAGAAACCGUACGAAUGUGACGUGUGUCACAAGUCCUUUCGAUAUGGCUCAUCCCUCACUGUGCACCAGAGGAUUCAUACUGGAGAAAAACCAUAUGAGUGUGACAUUUGCAGGAAAGCCUUCAGCCAUCAUGCAUCGCUCACUCAGCACCAAAGGGUGCAUUCUGGAGAAAAGCCCUUUAAGUGCAAGGAAUGUGGGAAAGCUUUUAGGCAGAAUAUACACCUUGCUAGUCAUUUGAGGAUCCAUACGGGGGAAAAGCCCUUUGAGUGUGGGCAAUGUGGGAAAUCCUUCAGCAUCAGCUCACAGCUUGCCACCCAUCAGCGAAUUCACACGGGAGAAAAGCCUUAUGAAUGUGAGGUGUGUAGUAAAGCGUUUACGCAGAAGGCUCACCUUGCACAACACCAGAAAACUCACACAGGAGAGAAACCAUAUGAAUGUAAGGAGUGUGGCAAGGCCUUCAGCCAGACGACUCACCUCAUUCAGCAUCAGAGGGUUCACACCGGGGAGAAGCCCUAUAAGUGUCUGGAGUGUGGGAAGGCCUUUGGUGAUAACUCUUCCUGCACUCAGCACCAGAGGCUUCACACCGGCCAGAGGCCUUAUGAGUGUGUGGAAUGUGGGAAGGCCUUCAAGACCAAGUCAUCCCUUAUCUGUCAUCGUAGAUGUCACACUGGAGAGAAACCUUACGAGUGUAGUGCAUGUGGCAAAGCCUUUAGCCAUCGCCAGUCCCUUAGUGUACAUCAGAGAAUUCAUUCUGGGAAGAAACCGUAUGAAUGUAAGGAAUGUAGGAAAACCUUCAUCCAAAUCGGACACCUUAACCAACAUAAGAGAGUCCACACUGGAGAGAGAAUGUAUAACCGUAAGAAGGGCAGGAAGGCCUUCAGGCAGACUGCACAUUUUGCUCACCAUCAGCGAAUUCAUUCUGGAGAGUCACCCGCUCACCCUUCUUUGCCUUCCACAUCCAGUCCGGUGGAUGUCUUCCCCAAAUUUGUCUGGAAUCCAUCCUCACUUUCACCCUCAUAAUCUCAAAAUAUUGCCAUUUCCACUACACUGCUUUGAACAAUCAUUUCCCUGUCCCUUUGUUCCCUCUGUCUAUUACAAUACAGUUAUUCAU